GUUUUUCUACAUAAGGUUGGUAAGAUUGAACGAUAACGGUAGUUGAUAUAUGCUUAAAAAUUUACAGAAUAAAAUAGGCGACGAUGUGGAAAAUUGUACAUACUAUUAUGCUCUAAUCUACUUAAUUUAUAGUUUUAUAACGAAUUUAUAACAAGUGAUGGGAAGUGUCUUUUAUAACAAGAACGAAAUACAACGUAUAAAAUAUAACAUAAAAAUUUAAUACGCCACGUGACUGUACAGGUUAAGGUGAAAAUACUCUAGCCGGUCGGCGGGAGAUGAACUUCGCCCUCAGUUUUUAUAUAUCCUUCACAUGAAACAUGGAAUUUGACUUGUUAUUCAAUUUCAUGUCACUAUUUACCAUCACUUUAUUAAUAUUUGUCACAAUUAUCACCGUCUUCCAAAAGCUUAAAUUAAGAUGGCCUGUUAAAGUAAACUGCUGGUUUUGCAAUAAAAAUACAAAGAUUUGGCGGCAACAACUAAAUUGGUGGCUGUGUCCGUAUUGUGAGCAAUAUAAUGGUUUCUCUAAGAAUGGUGAUUACGCAUAUAGUAUACCAGAACAAUACAAGACACCUUCACAUGAAAUUAAAAGAUACUGCACAAUCAAUCAGGGUACAACAAUCAAUAAAGAUGCAAAUAAUGGUCUCUGCAAACAAUGUAACAUGAAAGAGAACUUAAAAGUAUCAAAAUUAUCUAAUUACAUACCUGAAAAUGAAAGAAAUUAUGAAUAUGAAAUAAAAAAGUUUAAAAAUGGUUUAGAACAACAAUAUCCACUGUGUGCAAAAUGUAAAAAUACAGUAAAUAAUGUAUUACAUAAACAAGCAUUGUGGCUUGCACAAUAUAAAAUGUUGUUCUUCAAACAAAAAUCAUUUUGUGUAAUUACUAAUAAUUCAAAAUAUUCUGAACUAAUAUGCAGAAUAAUUUCCACAAUAUUAGGAUCUAUAAUAGUGUACAACAUGGAAUUCAUAUUCUUACCAAUUGGAGGAUUAUUUUUUCAAUUUUGUGCCUAUUGGAUACUUUCUACAAAAAAACAAAGUUCUGAUAUAUUACUUAUGCUUUUAUGGAUUUGUACGAUUAUACUUUUACCAUUUAAAGAUACAAAAUUAAUCAAAACAGAUAUGCAGAAUUCAUGGUUUACUUUAAAAUAUAUAACUCAAUAUCAUAUGAUAAUAUUAUUUAUUUCAAUCAUAGGCUUUAUAAAUGUUAUGCCUAAGUCUCAUAAAAGUAUGGUAAAUAAAAAUAUAUCAUUCAAGAAAAUUGAAUCUUCUCCAAAAAAUAUAGUAUUAUUUGAUGCAUGUACAACAACAUCAAAUAAUAAGCAGAGUUUUAAUGUUAAAACUACUAAUAAUAUAAACAAAACUGUUAAUCGAUCGACACCAAAUACAAUGAAAGAUUAUAUGCCGCUUUGUACAGAAAAUUCAGUAAAUUGUAAAUCUACAAUUUCCCAAAGUUUAUUCAUAAAUCCGGAAUCACAGUACUCACCAAUGUCUAUUAACAAUAACAAUACAGCAUUCAAUUCUACACUUGUAUGUAAAAAAAAUAUGGUGGAUAGUAGUUAUUCAUUGAAUGAUAGUUUGAAUACACUAAGUAUAUUAUCAUUGGGUGAGGAUAAACCAAAAUAUUCAGCUAAAAUGCCUAAAAUUUUUGAAACGAAAGUAUAUAGCACAAAAUGUUCCGAACUUUUUAAAAAGGCUGGUAAAAAACAUAUUUUAUCACCACCGAAAUUGAAAUCAGUUAUGCAAACAUCCUGGAUUGCUGGUGGUUAUUGGCAAGAAAAUAUAGAUAUACCCUCAUUGUCCAGGUCAUCCAGUCAAAGUUCUGGCUUUGGUUCUGUGGGUUCUAAUUUUGGUCCAUCUAGAGAACCAUCUAUACAUGAAUUUGAUCAAUGUUCAGUCAUGUCAGAUGUAACACAAUCUUGUUACACACUGAAGCAAAAUAAUAGUCCUGUUGGAUCUUUCUCUCAACAAAAUCUUCAGUGUCCAAUGUCAGAAUCAAAAAAUCAAUCAUUUAAUAACCAAACAAUGAAACUUACAUCAACUAAUUUUUGUACGCCACAAGCAUCAUUAUCUCAAAGUAACAAAAGAAAUAAUUCAAUUUUUAUGGAUCAGUGUUCACUAAGACAAAACAUGAAUAUGAAUGAUAGUCCUUCUGAAAUGCAAAUGUUUCCUAGUCAUGCCACUAUUGUAACAAAUCCUGUUUGGUUACCAGCCCUUUUAUGUGGUUCACUUGUAUUAAAUAUAAUAGUGUUAUGUACUACUUUAUUACGUUAGACUGGGUAUACGUUUUCUUUCAAUCUUAUUGAAUUUAUAUUUACCAUAUAUAUUUGUACGUAUUUUAGUUAUUAGUUACUAGACUAAGUUAUUAAAUUUUUGCAAACAGUUGAUUACUAUUUUCCAAAUAGUAUUUUUAAAAUUUCUAUUUUAACAAAUAGUAAUCAGUGAUAUCUCAAUCUGUCGAUAAACAAGCGAUGUACUGCCAGUAUAAACUUUUCUAUUAUUAUAACAUUUUAUCAUUAUUUUUAAUUUUUUAUUCCAUACAAAUCAUUGUAAAUAAAUAUUAUUUUUUUUAUACGCAACUUGCAAAACAUCAAGUUUGAACAAUAAUAUUAAGUUAAGCGCAUACUGGUUUUGACAGAAAAUUAAUCUGACAUUUUAAACUGUCAAUCUUGUGAUAAAAAAGAAUUGUUCUCCAUGUGUGUUCACUAGUAAGAUAUAUAUGUAAUUCAACAAGUUUAAGAAUUAAUGAAAUAAUAUAAAAUUGCAUUUACUUUAUAUUGAUAAUAUUUGAUUCUUUAAUUUUAUUACUAUAUUUGUGAAUACAAAAAAGAAGUGUUCUGAAACAGAUAAAGUUGUGUAUGUAUAUAAUAAUGAAAUCUAAAGUGUUCUGUGUAUUUGUAAA